CAUGAUUUUUUUUUUGUGUGCGUUAAUAAUUAAACGGAAUUGCUAGUUUAUUACAUUAUCUAGGAGAUAUUCGGAAAACUUGCGUUAGGUAAUUUUUUUUACAAUUCUUAUACUUUUCCUACAAAGUACAUGAUUGAAAUUCAUAAUCUGAUUUCCUAAUUUAUACGUUGUUUUGGGGGGUGAAAAAAGUUACGAUUUUUUUCGCAUUCAUGGUAGGCUACACAAUCAAUGCAAUGCGAUUGCUUUUCGAUGUUAUGCUCAGCACGCCCACAGUCUAGUCUACCAUAGGCUCCCUCAUUAGAAUCUGCGUGGGACGGGUGCCAAGGACCACACCCAUUUAGGCUAGCGAUCUGGGUCUCUGGGGGGAUGUGCUUAGUGUCUGUGCUGUAAGGGACACAAGGGCCAUUAGGGAGAAAGCAGAGGAAAGAAAAGUGAAUCACGUAAACAACAGCAGGUGCAGGCUGCCAGUGCUGUGACUGCUCCAGGGUGUUGGUCAGUGGAGCUGCAGACGACUGGUCGGUGGGUGUCUGUCUGGCCUGUCUGUCUGUUUGGGUGAGUAGGACAGGAGGAGCCAUGGCUAACAGGGGACCCAGCUACGGUCUGAGCAAGGAGGUGCAGGAGAAGAUAGAGCUGAAAUAUAAUCUGGACCUGGAGGCCCGGCUGGUAGACUGGAUCAUAGCUCAGUGUGGGGGGAACCUGGAGAGACCACAGCCAGGCAGACAGAACUUCCAGACCUGGCUGAUGGAUGGAACAAUUCUGUGUAGGCUCAUCAAUAGCCUGUACCCGCGUGGUAAUGAGCCCAUCAAGAAGAUUCUGGAGACCCAGAUGGCCUUUAAGCAGAUGGAGAAGAUCUCCCAGUUCCUGCAGGCUGCCGAGACCUACGGAGUCAUCACCACAGACAUCUUCCAGACCGUGGACCUGUGGGAAGGGCAGGACAUGGCCGCGGUGCAGAGAACCUUGAUGGCCCUAGGAAGUGUUGCCCUCACCAAGGACGACGGACAUUACCGUGGCGACCGAGACUGGUUCCACAGGAAAGCUCAGGGUUACCGGCGGGAGUUCUCUGAGGACCAGCUUCGUCAGGGCCAGAGUCUGAUUGGUCUACAGAUGGGCAGCAACCGUGGGGCCUCGCAGUCCGGCAUGACGGGCUACGGAUCGCACCGCCAGAUCAUGUAGAGACACCAGCCAGCUGCUCAGCCAGCUGCCUGCCACUCCCUUAGCCUGGCGGUGUACUCCAGUUACUGGACCUCCAGAGAGAGCUCCACCACACUCCCUGAACCUCAUGAAAUGACCCAACCCCUUUUCCCCCUUCCCCAGCAACACCAGCCAUUCAUACAUACAUACAUAUACACACAUUUCUAUUGUUCGUCCCCAACACCCAAACAAAGUGCUCCAUAUACCACACCACGAUUCCUACAGACCUCAGUAGAUUCUGCUUACCCCACACCCAGUCUCCAGUCCUCCUUGGUCCUGCUCUCUCCAUCCAUAUGGUCCUGCUCUCUCCAUCCAUAUGGUCCUGCUCUCUCCAUCCAUAUGGUCCUGCUCUCUCCAUCCAUAUAGUCCUGCUCUCUCCAUCCAUAUAGUCCUGCUCUCUCCAUCCAUAUAGUCCUGCUCUCUCCAUCCAUAUAGUCCUGCUCUCUCCAUCCAUAUAGUCCUGCUCUCUCCAUCCAUAUAGUCCUGCUCUCUCCAUCCAUAUAGUCCUGCUAGCCAUUCCCUUCAGUGGAUGAAGUCUUAGUAAUUCAGUCGAUACAGAGAACCCAAGAUUGGAGUCGUCCCUCUACAAAACACGCUAAUAGUAUUUUACACUACUGCCAAAUAUAACAGCAAGACCAUGUUAUAGUAUGUUACAUAUUUAAAUUAUUUAACUCUUUAUUUGUUUGUUUGUAUGUACAGGAAGUGUGUCUGAGUCAUUGUAUAGUCAUGGAGGGUUUGCUAUACCUCAGGAGAUGUUUCAUGUAUAACUGAAUGGAACUCGAUGAGCGACGAUGCCUCUGCUGUCUUGUGUUAAUUCUGUGAAGACUUUGCAGUAACUGCUGUAACCAAAUUACCAGCACGUUGUGCCUGGUUAAUACAGCAAACAGACAUUAAACUAUGCCUUAUAUAAGAAAUGUCACCCACCAUAAUGCAGAGGAAUUCAAAGGCAUGUAUUCAGUUCUAUUUUUUUGACUAACAUUCUGUGCUGUGCAUUUAUAACAUAUGUGUAAUUAUAAUGUAUGUACUGUGUGUGUUUCAGCCAAUCCCAUGAUUGUUGAAGAGCAGUGGUGGAAAAAGUACUUAAUUGUCAUACAUGAGUAAAAGUAAAGAUACCUUAAUAUAAAAUGACUCAAGUAAUAGUGAAUUCACCCAGUGAAAUACU